CCAGCUCAUGCCUACGCCUGUUGGCUUGCUCGCUAUUAUAUUAGUAGGUCCAUGCAAAUCAUCAUACACACGAUCCAUCUCUCUCUAUCUCUCUCUUUCUUAGCUAUUCGACUGCCCAGUCUUGUCUUCUGUGAUGGUCCACCCCUCCGACUCCCCAGCAGUGCGCAAAUGCGAAAAUGCAAAGACGGGCAGAAAAGACGAAAUCGCCAGACGCCCAAAGCGGACUAGCGCGCCUCCAGCUCCAUCCACCCAAUCAUCUGGCUUCUUGCAAUUUGGCCGCAACACCGUUCUGCUUCAUCUGCUGGCCUGCCGUUUCCUUCCCCCUCUCCUCUCAACUGAUUUUUCAAUCCCUCUCGUCGCCAACUCCCUUCACCCCGACCGCACGACGCUUUUUCUGCCUUCUCCAAUUCACAUUUCCCCAAUCUCACCUUCUCUGACCUUUACUAUCGCGCCUUCUACUCGAGUCUCGACCGUCCGACCCUCUCCAGCCCUUCUGCCCCUUCGCCCGUCCUGCUCUCGCUCCUCGUCUCGUCACGACUGCACCCUCAUCUAUCCUUCGAUUUCACCGUCAGAUCCCCUUGUUAUGAUAAGACAUUCGUAUGGUCUCGUUUCGCCAUCUUUCGAUCAAUUCUUGACCUCGCUGCGCUACCCGUUCGACUCGAUCCACUCACUCACUUCGUCAACACCUUGAGCCACACCUUCCACCCUUGGCUCAUCUCCUCUUCAAUUCACCGUAAUCGACCUCUGUCGGUCUCAGGACUCGAUAGCUGUCGUUUUUUCUUGGCGCGCUCUCGCUGUUGUUGCGUUGGUCGCCAUGCGAUCCAGGUCAAGAACAGCUUGAGCUGCGUUUGA